AAAGAAUGGCUGGUCCACCCGGGGAUAAUUUUGAAGAAAACCUUAUUGAGUUAGUUUCUUACUAUCCUCCGCUUUUUGAUAAAAAUGUGAAGGGAUGUAGAAAUAAAGCAACAAGAGUGAAACUCUGGCAAACCAUCGGGAAGCAAAUUGGCAGAAGUGGAAGCGACUGCCAGAAGAGAUGGAAGUCGUUGCGGGAAAGAUUCUCACGCGAAUUGCGAAAAGUGGAUCCGUCGUUUGGUGGUGAGGAAUCAAACUGGAUUCAUUAUGAAAAGAUGCUGUUCUUAAAGGAUCAUAUUCAGCCUAGAUUCUCCAUCGAUAACUCGAUAAAGUAUACCGACCCUUUGUCUUGUACAAGCAGUUCCAGAAAAAUGGAAACCGAUAAUACGGUGGUAUCAAUCGAUUGUGGGGGUGAUAGUACAUCGUCAUCGGAUAAUUUUGCAUCGCCCCCGUACUCGAACAAUCGGGACGAUCAAUUUAAUUCUCUGUGUAUGAAACUGGAAAAGAAGAUUGAAAAUUUGAGUAGAGAACCAGACAUGAACGAAGAAUUCAUGAAGAUGGUAAUAAUGUUUCUGAGGGAUCUACCAGAGAAAGGACAAGAUGAAGCUAGAUGUAAGAUAUUUCAAAUUGUAACCGAAACACGAAUUAAAUAUUUGCAUAAUAAUAAAGGGUAGUAUUGCAUCAA